AUGGCGCACAACAUGAUGGCCAGUUUCAUCAAGGUUGUAGCAUCUGCAAUCGUGGACAAGUACAUCGGAGAGUCUGCCCGAAUCAUCCGUGAGAUGUUUGGCUAUGCAAAAGAGCAUCAGCCCUGUAUCAUUAUCAUGGAUGAGAUUGAUGCCAUCGGCGGGAAGCGUUUCUCUCAAGGCACGUCGGCUGACAGAGAGAUCCAGCGGACUUUGAUGGCCACAAAUCGGCCUGAUACCCUGGACCCUGCACUGCUUCGGCCAGGGCGCUUGGACCGGAAGGACUGGUCAGCUAACAGGAAGGGCCCAGUACUUCUUCACCAGCCGUACUUCUCCGUUCCGAAGCAUGAAGUAGCAUCGGCAGUUGGUGGUUUGGCGCUUUUGUGCCAGAUCGAGAUUCCGCUGCCGAACGAGCAAACCAGGAUCGAGGCGCGAGGUCCAGGAGUCAUCUCUGCACAGCUCGGGUUGCGGGAUCGCCAGGUGCUCAAGAUCCACGCCAACCCCAUCACAAAGCACGGGGAUAUCGACUACGAAGCCAUUUGCAAACAGACGGACAACUUCAACAACGCGGACAUGCGCAACAUUUGCACUGAGGCCAGAAUGUUUGCGAUCCGCGCCGAGAGGGACUAUGUCGUCGAGGAAGAUUUCAUGAAGGCAUCAAGAAACCUCGAUUGGAGUCUGUAA